UGAACAAAAGAGCAUUACGUCAUCCAGUGUUCUGUUGUAAGUGGAUCAGAACGCAUCGCUAUUGUACUCGUGAAGAAUGGGAAAAGCAAAAGAAAAUUUAGAUCCGCGUAACAAGACUCCUAGUGCUAGACAACGUGACGGUUUUAAAGUUAAAAGAGUAAGAGCUCCACUAACUGUUAAAGAUAAACUGAAGGUGAUUGACAUGUUAAAGAGUGGCAAUUCCCAACGUAAAAUUGCGAUCGAGUUCGACAUUUCAAAAUCCCAAGUGCAGCAGAUAGGAAAAAACCAAGAUGAAAUUUUAAAAGGUGUAGAUAGUGGUGAUUUAAAAUUAUCGGCUAAGGUAACAAAGAAUAGGUCCGAAAACAAAGAACUCGACGAUGCAGUUUACACCUGGUUUACAGAGAUGCGCAAUCCAAAAUUUCGAUGCAAACCAUUGUCGAUUUCGCGUGCACACAUUCAAGCUCGUGCGUUACGUGAAGCUGAAAUCCGUGGUGUUUCUGGGUUUUCAGCAUCGGAUGGUUGGUUCCGAAAUUGGCGAAGGCGCUAUGAAGUUGGCGCGAGCAUUCGGUUGUUCUACCGCGCCAUGCCUUCGCGGACUUAUCUCGCUUACAACGAAAGUCGGAAAACAGUUAGAGGGACCAAAGCAUUGAAGGCAAAAGACCGUGUCACACUAGUGUUGUGCGUCAAUGCUGAUGGGACCUGCAAAGUAGACCCUCUGAUUGUCGGCUCAGCCGUUAAACCUCACUGCUUUCGUGAUUCACCUUGCCCAGUCCCUUAUAUCAACCAAAAAAAUGCUUGGGUUGAUUCGUUGGUCUACCGACAAUGGUGGGAACAUAUUUUUUUGCCUGCCGUUCGGGACUGGACAGAUGAGCCCGUUGCUCUUGUUAUGGAUAACUUCUCGGGCCAUGAUGUGAGUUGUGAAGAUCCUACAGGGCAGGUUUCUGUCUUCUUUUUCCCACCCAAUUCAACAUCGGUUCACCAGCCACUCGAUCAGGGAAUCAUAUCUGCUGUCAAGAUCGAUUACAAAAAGCGAAUGCUUUCAAAGUUCAUCGAGGCAUAUGAUGACAUCGAACGAAUCCAGCAGUUAGCCAGUACAAUAAAAAAAGGAAGAAAAGGACUCAAGGUCGAUGAGUUUUUAAACGCAUCCGUUGGAGAUACAUUCAUGUCAAUAAGCCAGUGUGAUAGUCAGCCACUUAGUCAGGAAGAUAUGUAUGAUCCCGAAACCGAAUUGCGUAAUAAUCUGUUGAAAUAUGCUGUUGAAGCCAUUACUAUGCCUAUUAAUGACCCUGUUCUUCUUGAACUUGCCCAAAAGUUGCGCGCCCAUAUCCUAAAUGUUUAA